AUGCUGGGCAGCGCCGCCACGCUCGUAGGGACCGGGCCCGCGCCACCCACCGGAGGAGGAGGCAUCGUGGUCGUUGACGCGGCGGGGGCUAGAAGACCCGGCGCUGGGGGCGUUGGACCUUCAGGGACGAUGCGGGGAGGCGACAGGGACCCCAACGUGCUCAGCGAGUAUCUACAGGUGGAGUUCGACGACGUGUUCGCCGAACCCGAGGGCACCUACUCGAUCGACGGCGUCUGGAAGGCGGCCGCCAAGACCUUCACGCAGACCAAGAACGUGUGCUACAAGGCGCUCAGCCUGGUGUGCGCCAUUCCGCUGGCCCUGGUGGUGGGCGUGAGCUUCGCCUGCCUCUCCUUCCAGCACAUCUGGUGCACGGGGCCGGCCAUCCGCCACUGCCGCAUCAACUGCCACGUGGUGCGGGAGUACAUGCGCGUCAUCCUCGAGUCCUGCUGUGCGCCCUGCUUCUCCGAGAUGGGGCUCGUGCUCAGCAGGAUCAGGGUGCAGCACGUCAACGGCCCAGACCGCCGCACUGAGACUAUAUAA